UCCCACCACCACCCCCGCCUCUUCUCCCACCACCACCCCCGCCUCUUCUCCCACCACUAAUGGAACACUCUCACCCUCCUCGACACCCACCUUGUGGGAAAAACUGGUUUCUCAUCACAAGGAAAAGACCAAAGCACUCACCAGCCUUAAGCAAUUCCAAGCAAAGCUGGUCGUAUUAACAACCCAAUGGGCUUCGAAUUCUUCUCUUCACCCGCCUUCCAACUCGAUCAAAACUCGCCGCUCAGUGCCUUCAGAGCCACAGGAAGCCAUGGCUGCCACACUCGACGUCUCCAGAAGCAUUCUCGAGACACUGGCUAGCAUGCCCACCUCGAGCAGUGUUCCAGUGUAUGAACAGGUGAUAAAGGAGCUGGAAGAGAUAUUCCAGAAGUAUGACGACAGUUCCUCAAUAAUGGCGGAGGACGAUCUGGUCAGGAUCCGCGUUCUGACGUCAAAACUCCUUCCUGCUGUCGACGAGGUGAUUCUGCUACUGGAGAAUGAGGUCGCCGAACUGAAGCAUGAAAUCGACGCCGUGGAGGAGGAGCUUCUUGGCCCCAUAUUGGGAGGGGAUCAUGUGGGUCCACCUCUUCCAAUGUCUCCUAAGGACAAUUCCUCUUGGGAGAUUUUGAACUUGCCAAGGACACUCUCGUUAACGCCGUCUUCCUCGAUGGUCCACGGCUUCGUUUCCGGUUACAAGAUAGAACUCAUGUCCGAGUCCCUACGGCAGGCUUUGAGCGUUGGGGACAAUGCAACGGAUUUUAUUGUAAACAACGCAGACCGAAUCCGGAACGUCGACUUCAGAUCCCACCUUCGUUCGGGCGAAGUGAACGGCGUAAACGUAACGCGGCUGAGGGAGUCUGGCGUAGCCCUGGACGCCAUGAGGGUGAACGUUCCGCUGUCGUUCCUGCAACACGUCGGGGUGAUGGGUAAUGUGACAGUGGAAAAAAUUAACGGAGUCCCAGCUGAAGAAUUCGUCACGAAGGACGGAACCUUUGCCUUUGACGCUCCUGUUCAGUUCAUGGAGGGUGUGAUGAUGAAGGAAAACGUGACUGUGACUUCGACCCUCAACGACCUCGAUCUCAGCAACGUGACCUUGAAGAUGGCCAGGGUCACGGGCACGAAGAAUUUCCAAACUGACCUCGUCUUUGGACACGUGAAUGCAGAGAUUGUGGACUCCCCUCGCGUCACCGUCUCAGGCGUCGACUUCGGGGACACCGUGAAGAAGAACGAAUCCGCGAUCAUCACAGGCCGCAAGACCUUCCAAGGAGACCUCCGGGUGGCGUCUGGUCCGGUGCAGGCUCGAGAUGUCACUGCGGAGACUGUGGACGGCGCAAACGUCACCGAUUUAUUCUUCGGGUCGCUGAGGAAGAGCCCGAGUGGUUUGCAGGUGGUAGAGGGAGGCUUCAAAAUCCAAACACUGAAAAUAGAGAACAACUUGACGACGGAGGGCUUGACCGUUCUCCCGCGUGACGACAGUGUCCCAUACUUUAUGAAUUUUACGAGGUAUCUGUAUUACUUGUGUAUGGCAUUUUUAAAAAUUAGAUGUUCACAUUUAUUCAUUUUCUUGGUUACAUUUUUUGAACUUUAUUUUUGCAUUUUUUUGUACAGUUAUAUAUGUUACUGUUCAGUAUUUUUUUUUUUGUCUUUACUGUAUUGAUUUUAAACAUCAUUU